GCGGCGGCGGCGGACGUGGCCGAGCCGCCGCCGACUGCGCGCGGCGAGCGCGACGGGCUGCUCGGGCGCCCGGCGGGCUACGUGCUGCUGCAGAAGGACACGGCGCGCUUCUGCGCCCGGCACGGCACCUCCGAGGGGCGCAGGAAGGUGAAGGCGCGGCUGCUGCCAUGCGGUGGCUGCGGCAACCAGAUCUGCACGAAUUACGACGAGUUCGCUUUCUGCCCGGGCUGCUCCCAGAGGCACCGGCGGUGCAUGAUCUGCGGCGCGCCGCCGGCUCUGGAGUCCCCGAAGCCCGUGCCGCCGCGGCCGCCGCUGCCCCGGCAGCCCGCGGCCCCCGAGCUGGGGCACCCCCUCGACCUGCUGGGCCUGGAGUGCCCCGCCGCGCCGCAGGACUCAAGCAGCGGCGAGGGCGGCCUCGACUUCGUCGCGGAGUUCCCCGAGCCGCCGCCGGGCGACGCGGGCGCCGCCGGGGGCGCCGCCGGGGGCGCCGCUGGGGGUGCCGAGCGGCGAAACGGCGGCGCGGCAGCGCCAGGGUCGAGCGGCUGCGACGGCGGCGCGAGCGGCAGCGGCGCCACGACGCCGCCCACGUCGGCGGGCUGUGGCUGGGAGGCCGACUUCGGCUCCGACGGCUGCGCGGACGCGUGGGCCUGCCCAGCGGCGGGCCAGGCGCGCCCGGCGGGCUGCACGGACGAUCCCGCGCCUGCGCCCGGCGGCCUGCUCCUCAGGGAGGACUCGCUGACCCCCGCCGCGCUGGAGGCCAUGGACAGCAAGCAGCUCGUGGCGGUGCAGCAGCUGAUCGCCCAGACGCUGCUCCGGCGCGCGAGCGCGGGCGCCGGCGCCAUGGACAGCAAGCAGCUCGUGGCGGUGCAGCAGCUGAUCGCCCAGACGCUGCUCCGGCGCGCGAGCGCGGGCGCCGGCGUGUCUGGGGACAAGUCGAACAGCGCGUUCCCCGUGCUGGUGGUCAAGCUGCUGCCGCACGGCUGGAAGGGUGUCAUGGUCGCGGCGAUGCUCAGCAGCUUCAUGGCCGCGCUCGCAUCUUGCUUCAACUCCUGCAGCACGCUCUUCACCAUGGUGGUGUACAGGAGCCACAACCCCGAGGCCGACGAGACGCGGAUGGUGUACGUGGGCCGUCUGUUCACGCUGCUGGUGGCAGGCCUAUCCUUCCUGUGGCUUCCGGUCAUCGUGAACGUGAGCGACCAGCUCUUCUUGUACAUCCAGAGCAUGCAG